AUGUUUAAGGUGAUUGGUGGACUCGUUUGGAACAUGCGGAAUAACCAAGUAUUGAAAUAUAUAUUAGGCGAGUUUAUUAGUGUGGAUCCCUUGCGUGAAGUUGAAGGGAUUUUGAACUAUCUCUCGUAUAAUUUUGAUUUAAAUAGCACGCAGGCUACAAGAAAGUGA